UCAAAUAAAGUACUCGACACGUGAUUCCUCCAUGUGUAUGCCGAAAAAGAAAGAUGCCGGCGGAGAUUUUGUACACAAUCCACUUUUAUGUCUUAUUUUUGCUUUUAACGGUUCGGUUUUCUUCUAGUUUUAUCGGCAAUGGUGAUAACUACCGACGGAAUGUAUCCCUGGAGCUGAACCCUGGUCUGAACUCCUUGCUGACACCGCUGCCCCCUGGUGUUGGCUUGCUCCAUGUGCGGGCGCUUGGCAAAAACAACACACUGCAUUACCUCCUCUGCAGCCAGGGGGCGCCAGCAUUACUACUGGUGCACACAAGCUCCAUUUCAUCCAAGGUAGUGGUAGACUGGCCUGCCUUCCUUGUGCAAAAUACCACAGGCAGCCUGAAAGUGACUCCAGAGAGCAGUGUUCUGUACAGCAACGCACUCGUCUUUACCAGGCUGUGGGAGUAUGACGAUGUGAACGACACAGCUGACCCUGAGCACCUACCCCCCUCCAGCUUUUUCCAGCCCUACGAGCUGCAGAAUUUCACCUGGGGCGACCUGAACAAGACAUUGGACCCCAUGGCCAACACCGCCCUGCUUUGUGGAAGAGACGCCAGCGAGAGCUUCAGCAAUGGCUCACUCUGUCUGAAGUUCUCAGCCUUUGAUGUUGAGGGGCGGGACCAAGGCUGGCCCAGUCUCCUCCACAACGCUAACUCCUCCCAGCUAAGGGUGGGGCUGGACGGCGUGGCCCCGAGGUCCAAUCGAUCCCGCUUUUCCCUAGAGCUACAGGCCGUGGGAGACACCCAGCCCAUGAGCAGAGUGGACUUCCUCCGGUCAAUAGAUGACGAAUACACUCCCUCCAUAUUCAAGGUAUCUCAGUGGGUGUCCUCUCCAGUCAACUCCACCUCCCCUGUUCUUGGCUACGCCCAAUGGAAGCCCGUGGCCUACCGCAGGCCAUCGCCUGUCUUUGAGGACGCCACUCCCUGCCGGCACUCAACCCCUGUCCCCGUAGCCCAGCUUCCCCCCUCCGGCCUGGUGCUGGCUUAUUUUGGAGGGGAGCGCCAGACCACCGGGCUCAACAUGACCUUCAGUAUCACUGGAGACCCAUUCUACAACACCACCAACUACCUUAGCUGGACUGUGUUGGUGGGACUGGGCUCUCCUCCUGUGGACUCGUUUUCUCCCCUGGUUCUGGUCAUCAUGGCGGUGGGGCUGGGCACUCCCAUGCUGAUCAUCCUGCUGGGCGGGGUGUGUGUGUGUGUCCGCAAGAACAGGCCCCAAACGCAGGUUUACGAGCCAAUCAACUGAGGCCAAGCCAGGAUACGUGUCCCGCCUUUAACCAUUUUCUAGCCAAUGAACAGAGACACCUGGGCCCAGUUUUUCAAAAGUUAUCUAUCUGGAUUUGGCCUAUCGGAUACGAUUAAAUGCAUGGAAUAAGUGUC